GUUACCUUUCCUACAGCCGGCUGCUCGCCGAUUGAGGUGAUUAUGCUGCUAAUGAUCAUUACAAGCGGCGCAAGAGUUAAAACAGUUAUUUUCGAUUUCCCCCCAAAAUUUUAUUGUUGUGAACUUUUUUGUUAUUAUGCAAAUUAAUUAAUUUUGCUCAUGGGUUGUUGUUAAAAAUUAUUAUAACCGCUAUUUGGACAAAGAAAAAAGAAGAAUAGACAACUCCUCCGUUGGGUGCGCGCAGCUGCAUUGUGAAUUAUGAUUAUAACAGACAGACAAGUCUGUGGAGAUGACUAUCACUUUCUUGGCUUACAAGCAUAAUCGUCACAAAAGAAAUUUAGCUUGGAGCUUGACGCGUCAAAAUGCUCCAACUUUUUCACCAACAAACUGUCACGCACAUUACUAAUUAAGCACUUACGACGAGCAGAUCGCGUUGACGGUUCGGUAUACAUAUUUUCGACGAGUUCGAUCGUAUCAAAUUAUUAAUAGAAAUUUAAUGCUAAAUAGUUUGAGGAAAUUUUAAGGAUGCAUAUAAACUUUCACUUAAUGCUCUUGACACUGCUGCAAUUAUGCUUGCUGUUGCUGCCGGCAGCCAACGCACAAGCCAUGCUAGAGCUGCCAGUCGAUGUGAAUGAAGUGCCCGUUAAUUUGGUGGAAAUACCGCGCACGAGCAUCCUGGCGCGUAUUCCAUUCUUUCGCAGUUUUCUGCGCGCAGUGCGUCCGAAUGCGCACGUCGGCCGAAAAUCGGAUUAUCGCAGUGAAUUCGAUGAGAACUAUAUCAACUAUCAUGGCGCUCAGUUGUGGAAAGUCAUCUUUAAUGCAACGCGCAAACGCAGCAGCGGCAACAAACGCACAGAAAUGAUGCAAACUUUUGUGGAGAAAUUCGGUAAGUCAAUACGCAUAAUGUUAAUAAAAUACUUGUGUUACAAUUCGCUUGUGAUUUCACUGUUAUUAUUGGUGAAUCUGCCGAGGCAUCCUUGUCGGAAGCAGCAUACACAAUUCUUUUUACUACGCAGUAUACCCGGUUUUCCGUCCGCGCUCAUUUCGAGUGAUGAAUUGUAUGAGAAUACAGUGGAGAGUUUACAGUGGCUGGUGCCGAUGGACAUACGACAACUGAACAUUUUCUCACCGCAAUCUUCGUAUCAGAUUAACUUGCGAUAUCGCAAUAGUAGCUCAGUGAAGCGCUAUCCCGGUUUUCAGUUGUGGAAGAUACAUGAAAACAAUAUCGAAAAUAAAGUGCUCAGAACGUUUUGGCGACUUUUCGGCACUGAGGUAUGGAAUAUAAAUCAAGAUGGCAUCGAUGUCUUAAUUGACUACAAGAAUACGGCUAAAGCCAAAGAGUUCAUAGCGAAAACCGAUUUCACCUACAAUAUAAUGAUCGACGAUAUUGAAACGGCGAUCGAUGAGACUUAUACGGAAGUGAACAACAGCAAUGCAAAUAUGCCGUGGUUAGAUAGAGACAAUACAAUACUGAAUUGGAAUCGCUACCACGAUAUUGGUGAUAUACAGCAGUUUCUGCAGCACAUUUUAGAAACAUAUCCGGAUUUGGCGGAGAUAGUGCAAAUCGGUGUGACGCAUCACAAACGACCGUUGGAAGUGCUGCGCAUCUCCAAUGGCAAUCCCAAAAACUGGGCUGUCUUCAUUGACGCCGGCAUGCAGGCACGCGAUUGGUUGAGUCCCGCCGCGCUGACACUCGCCAUUUCGAAGCUAACUUGGCUGUGGGACAAGGAGCCGUCGGUUAUGCAUAACAUAGAUUGGUACUUCUUGCCCGUGGCGAACCCGGAUGGUUAUCAGUAUGCGCGCAUCACCGAUCGUCUGUGGACGAAGAACCGCUAUUUCGAUAGUCAAACCGGUUGUUAUGGCGUCAAUUUGAAUCGCAACUACGACUAUCAGUGGGGUGGUGCGGGUUCCUCCGAAAAUCCCUGCAAGAACCUGUACAGAGGUCCGAAAAAAUUCUCCGAACCGGAAACGAAGGCGAUACGCACCUUCAUGCAUAAUAUGCGUGAGUUUCUGGGCGCAUACGUUUCGUUCGGCGCCUAUGGCCAGGCAAUCGCAUAUCCGUGGGGCGAUGCGGACUACGUGACGGACAAUCAGCGCAAGCUGCACAAUGUAGCGCGACGUGCCAUGUUGAACUUUCGCAAAUUGAAUCAAGCCGAGUACCGUGUGGGCACCAGCUAUCGACUGAAAUUGGCACGCGCCGGCAACUCGGCCGACUGGGUGCAGCAACGCGUUAAUCCCCAAUACGUUUACAAUGUAUUUCUGAAGGACCAAGGGCGCUAUGGGUACUUGAUGCCGCCGCAUUACAUUGUCGAAUCGGGCGAGGAGGUUUACGAAUUUAUGAAGACAAUAGCGGCGGCGCUGAAUUGAAGCCGAGCCAAAAAGUGCAUGCCACAAAUCCAUGUGGUUGAGGAGGAAUGUAAAAAAGGUGGAAGAAAAAGCACAAAAUGCAUGGCGCGAUUGGGAAAUUUCAA